AUGCCUGAACUUCAGACCGAAGGCAAUGAGAUUGUCGAGGCCGAGAGGGAGACCUUUGCCUUCCAGGCUGAGAUUGCCCAGUUGAUGAGCCUCAUCAUCAACACCUUUUACAGCAACAAGGAAAUCUUCCUCCGAGAGUUGAUCUCCAACGCCUCUGAUGCCCUUGACAAAAUCAGAUAUGAGUCCCUGACAGACCCUAGCAAACUGGACAGUGGUAAAGAGCUGUACAUCAGAAUCAUCCCUGACAAAGAGAACAAGACACUGACCAUUGAGGACACUGGUAUUGGAAUGACCAAGGCUGACCUGGUGAACAACCUGGGAACCAUUGCUAAAUCUGGCACCAAGGCAUUCAUGGAGGCUCUGCAAGCCGGAGCUGACAUUUCAAUGAUUGGUCAGUUUGGUGUGGGCUUCUACUCCGCCUAUCUUAUUGCUGACAAGGUGGUGGUUCACUCCAAGCAUAAUGAUGAUGAGCAGUACAUCUGGGAGUCCGCCGCUGGGGGCACUUUCACUGUUGGCCCAUCCACAGCUGCUCCUAUGUCCCGAGGCACCAGAAUUAUCCUCUACCUGAAGGAGGAUCAGUUGGAGUAUUUGGAGGAGAAGAGAAUCAAGGAAGUGAUUAAGAAGCACAGCCAGUUUAUUGGGUAUCCAAUCAAGCUUCUGGUAGAGAAGGAACGUGACAAGGAAAUCUCUGACGACGAGGAGGAGGAAGAGAAGAAAGAGGAUGAGAUGGAAGACAAAGAGGAAAAAGAAGACGAGAAGCCUAAAGUUGAAGACCUUGAUGAGAAUGAUGAUGAAGACUCAGCCAGUAAGGACAAGAAGAAGAAGAAGAAGAUCAAGGAAAAAUACAAUGAAGAGGAAGAGUUGAACAAAACCAAACCUCUGUGGACAAGAAACCCAGAUGACAUUACUCAGGAAGAGUAUGCCGAGUUCUACAAAUCCCUCACAAAUGACUGGGAGGACCAUCUUGCAGUCAAACACUUCUCUGUGGAAGGACAACUAGAAUUCAGAGCUCUGCUGUUCAUCCCCAAGAGAGCCCCAUUUGACAUGUUUGAGAACAAGAAGAAGAAGAACAACAUUAAAUUGUACGUUCGCAGGGUCUUUAUCAUGGACAAUUGCGAAGACUUGAUUCCAGAGUACUUGAAUUUCGUCAAGGGUGUCGUAGACUCCGAGGACCUGCCACUGAACAUCUCCCGAGAGAUGCUUCAACAGAGCAAAAUCCUCAAAGUCAUUAGGAAGAAUUUGGUUAAGAAGUGUGUGGAACUCAUUGAGGACCUCGCAGAGGAUAAGGAGAACUACAAAAAGUUCUACGAGAACUACGCUAAGAAUCUUAAGCUUGGCAUCCACGAAGACAGCACAAACAGGAAGAAGCUGUCAGAUUUCCUGAGAUACUACACAUCCCAGUCGGGUGAUGAAAUGACAUCACUGAAGGAUUAUGUAUCCAGAAUGAAGGAAAACCAGAAGGACAUCUACUACAUCACAGGUGAAAGCAGAGAGUCUGUUCAGAAUUCUGCAUUUGUGGAAAGAGUCAAGAAGCGAGGCUUUGAGGUCAUCUACAUGAUUGACCCCAUUGAUGAGUACUCCGUACAACAGCUGAAGGAGUAUGAGGGCAAGAACUUGGUCUGUGUCACCAAGGAAGGCCUUGUGUUGCCAGAGGAUGAGGAGGAGCAGAAGAGGCUGGAGGAGGCCAGGUCUCAGUUUGAGGGACUCUGCAAGGUCAUGAAGGAGAUUUUGGAUAAGAAAGUUGAAAAGGUUGUGGUGUCAAACCGUCUGGUGACCUCCCCAUGCUGCAUCGUCACAUCCCAGUACGGCUGGUCCGCCAACAUGGAAAGGAUCAUGAAAGCCCAAGCUCUGAGGGACACUGCUACCAUGGGCUAUAUGGCAGCCAAGAAACACCUGGAAAUCAACCCUGACCACCCAAUCAUCAAGACCCUGAAGGAGAAAUGUGAUGCUGACAAAAAUGACAAAGCUGUGAAGGACCUGUGUCUGCUUCUGUUUGAAACCUCCCUGUUGGCAUCUGGCUUCAGUUUAGAUGACCCCACCUCACAUUCCAACAGAAUCCACCGCAUGAUCAAACUUGGCUUGGGCAUUGAGGAGGAUGACGCUGUCGCAGAUGCUCCAGUUGUCAGCCAGACUGAAGAGAUCCCCCCAUUGGAGGGAGAUGAGACUGACGUUUCACGGAUGGAGGAAGUAGAUUAA